CUAACUACUUAAUUUAUCCUAAGAUAAAUAUCCCCUUUCUUCACUCUUUAAAUCCAUCCAAACACACAAUCAGUCUCAUAAAAUGGCUGGUACUUCUUCUGUUGUCUUGGCGCCUUCAGUCCAACAGUUGGAAAAGGAAGGCAUUGAAAAAGUUCCAGAACAAUAUCUUCAACCAAAUCAAGAUCCUAUUUUUGUAUCUAACACAACUUCCUUACCAAAACUCCCAGUUAUCGAUCUUAGUAAAUUGUUAUGUGAAGAUUCAGUUGAGUUAGAGAAGCUAGACCAUGCUUGCAAGGAAUGGGGUUUCUUUCAGCUAAUCAACCAUGGAGUCAACCCUUCACUAGUAGAAAAUGUGAAAAUUGGUAUUCAACAAUUCUUCAACAUUCCAAUAGAAGAGAAAAAGAAGCUUUGGCAAACACAAGAGGAAAUGCAGGGGUUUGGACAGGCUUAUGUUUCUUUAGAGGAUGAAAAGCUAAGAUGGGGAGAUAUGUUCUCUGUUAGAACUUUCCCUUUGCACAUAAGGCAUCCCAAUCUAAUUCCUUUAAUUCCACAACCAUUGAGAGAUAAUCUAGAGAGCUAUUAUCUUGAAAUGAAAAGAUUGUGUGUCACACUCAUUGAGUAUAUGAGAAAAGCUCUGAAGGUCCAACCCAAUGAAUUGGUAGAUUUAUUUGAAGAGAUAGAUCAGUCAAUAAGGAUGAAUUACUAUCCUCCAUGUCCUCAACCAGAACAAGUUAUUGGACUUAAUCCUCACUCUGAUGGUGUUGCCCUUACCAUCCUUCUUGAAGUAAAUGAAAUUCAAGGACUUCAAAUAAAAAAAGAUGGAAUGUGGAUUCCUAUCAAAUCCCUUUCUAAUGCUUUUAUGGUCAAUAUUGGAGAUAUGUUGGAGAUACUAAGCAAUGGAACUUACCAGAGCAUCGAACAUAGGGCAACAGUAAAUUCAGAAAAGGAGAGGAUCUCUGUUGGUGCAUUUCACAGUCCUCAUAGGGGUGAUAUAAGUCCAGCACCCAGUCUUGUUACUCCUGAAAGUCCUGCAUUAUUUAAAACCAUUUCUAUUGCAGAUUACGUCAAUGGAUACCUUUCAAGCAAGAUAAAUGGGAAAUCAUACUUGGAUGGUGUUAGGAUCCAAAAUUCGUGAUUUGGUAUGAGCUUAAAAUUCAUGGUUGUUGUUGUUGAUAAGUUGUUUUGGUGAUUUUUGCUUAAUUGGAUAAAAAUGAAGUUGUUGUGGUUGAUUGUUGAUGAAAUUGUGAGAUGAUGCUUAGAUUGAUGGUAUGUCAUGUUGUUGAUGAUGAUGAUUCAUGAAUUGGAAUUGAAAGUUUGAGUUGUUGAUGUUGUUGUGUGGUGUUUAGAUAAAUCAAAGUGUUGUUGUUGAAAAUUGGUAUUUUGUUUGAAAACUAAGUGAAUUAGUUCAUAAGCUAAUUAGAGGGUUGUGAGAAGAGCUUAUUUGGUGUGUUUGAGCAUUGGAACAUGAUUUUAAUGGUUAUGGGAAAUAGAAGAAUCAAAA